AGCCGCUUAUGGCUCGUGCAGUGACACGCGCGGCAGGUUGCGAUGCAUGUGUCGUGCACUCGUGACGAGCGCCCAUGCCAUUCUCGAACGACGAGAACUGGGUCCGCCGGAACGGCUUUCAGUGGCCGCUGCACCCACUGCAGGUUCUGGCAUGGGUGAUCUUCGGUGGCGACGUGAUGAUUUUCCUCGUGCUCUGCCUGCCGUUCGCCGGGUCUGCUAUUCUCAUUGCGGUUCUGGCGGUGGGCCACGGCGCAAGCACAGGAGGUUGCCGUGGUGGUCUCGGCCGCCCGCACCACCGGUUGCAACCCGCAGGAGACCCGCACCUCGGCGGCCACCGCGACAAGCUGGACUUCGAGAUGCGAGACGAGGACGGCGUGCAGCCGUACUGCUCGCUGUGCAACGUGCCCUCGUGUCCACGGACGAAGCACUGCCAUGCCUGCAACAAGUGCGUGGACGUUUUUGACCACCACUGCAUGUGGCUGAACAACUGCAUCGGCCGCGCCAAUUACCGGUCGUUCAUUGCCACUACCAGCUCCCUGGCGGUGAUGCUAGUGUUCGUCCUGGGCACCUGCUUGAAGAUUUUCAUUGAGUGUGCCACUGACAUCGAGGUCUUCGAGGAGCGGGUGAGGAGCGUGACUGGGCUCGGUGAGGCGCCUGUCGAGGAUUUAUUCUGAGCAUGCUCGUGUUGUUGGUCGUGGUGAACGGCCCACUCCUGCUACUUGACCUGCAGCUGGUCG